CACACGUUAGCUGUUGUGCCCAGUAAGCCCGUGGCUUUGUUGUGCCACUUUCUGCACCCCCCAGCCCCCGUCCGUGGGUUACAGAGCUUGAAUUGUCGUUAGAGAUAAGCCCUGUCCAUUUGGUAUAAAAGGCUUGUCAGUGAAUUGUAACACUGUAUAUGUCUUUGGACAGAGCUUUAAAUAUGAGGUAAACAUUUAAUGUGGUCGGGGGGGGGGAGCCCGUUUGCGGGUGCCCCUAGGGCGUUAAUAGUACAUUUUACUGUUGUUUUCUCCUCUAGUAACGAUCAUCCGUGUUGUUUUUAUUCGAAGCCAAAACUCGUUGACAUUGUGCUAAUUGAAAUGAUAUUUAAAGGACGAUUAAGAUAUGAAGAAACUUUAAAUAUUUUGCCAAUAAUUCAAUCUGUUAACAAUUUUGCGUGUUCCCUCGAGUAAAUAAGUUAAACUUCUCAUUCAUCUGUUGCUAACCUUUUCCAAUUCAAGUGUAUCAUUCUCGCCCUUGUAAACAUUUCUGGUAGUAUUAUUUUGUUUGUUUUGUAUUUUUUUAGUGAAUUAUAUUUGUUAACUAAAUUAUAGACUUAAAAGAUUGGUCAAUGGGAUUCGUAUUAAUUACUUGAAAAAGGAGCUAGACAUCAUGAUGUUAUUAAUUACUUUAAAAAAGUAGCCAGACAUCUGAUGUUUUCAAUUACCCGAAAGUACCUAGACAUUAUGGAUGUUAUUAAGUACUUGAAUAAGUAGCUAGACAUCAUGAUGUUAUUAAUUACUUGAAUAAGUAGCUAGACAUUAUGAUGUUAUUAAUUAUUUGAUAAAGCAGCAUGAGAUCAUGAUGUUAUUAAUUACUUGAUAAAGUAGCAUGACAUCAUGAUGUUAUUAAUUACUUGAUAAAGUAGCAUGACAUCAUGAUGUUAUUAAUUACUUGAUAAAGUAGCAUGACAUCAUGAUGUUAUUAAUUACUUGCUUAAGUAGCAAGACAUCAUGAUGUUAUUAAUUACUUGAUAAAGUAGCAUGGCAUCAUGAUGUUAUGAUCCAUAUUUUUCAACAGACUGUGGCAGAUAGCGAGCUGGCUGGUGGCGUCAUGGGUCACGUGUUCAGCCAUCACUGUUCCCAUCCAGAACCACUGGUCAGGUGGCUUUAAUGGAGAGGCGUGUUUCGACAUUACAGAGGAGUUACACUCCUGGGCGGUUACACUUACAUUUGACCAAGCCAUAACUAGCCUGGAUGUAAGUUAAAUUUGACCAAUACAUAACUAGCCUUGAUGUAAGUUCCAUUUGACCAAGCCAUAACUAGCCUUGAUGUAAGUUAAAUUUGACCAAUACAUAACUAGCCUUGAUGUAAGUUCCAUUUGACCAAGCCAUAACUAGCCUUGAUGUAAGUUAAAUUUGACCAACACAUAACUAGCCUUGAUGUAAGUUAAAUUUGACCAACACAUAACUAGCCUUGAGGUAAGUUAAAUUUGACCAACACAUAACUAGCCUUGAUGUAAGUUACAUUUGACCAACACAAAACUAGCCUGGAUGUAAGUUAAAUUUGACAAAUACAUAACUAGCCUUGAUGUAAGUUAGUCUGCAUCCUAUGUUAUGAAAGUUAGACUACAUAUCAGAGCAUCAAUGUCGUACUAGAGACUGGUGUCUAUUCUCGUCUCAUGACACUACUGUAUGCUUCCAUCCGUCUCGGUCAUCUAGCUACAGCACCUUGUGCCAUGCUCUUUGUCAAACUGCAGUAUAUUUCAAUGGUUUAAUGCAUCAGACUCUCAACACGUUCAGACGUCAUUAUACAGCAAAUUAAACACACGUCCUUUUCCAGAAUUAAUGCAACUUUAAUCUAUAAAUAUAUCCAACAGACAAUACAUUUCACAAACGCAUGCAUAGCACAGUUCGCCAUCAGAGAGAAUAAUACACAGCUUUCUCCGACAAAGUUCUUUCUACGACUGCUGGGGAAUAAACACUUACGCCACAAAACAGACUAGACAAUACGUCAUCAUUACGUCAUAAAGCUACGUCACCAAGUAAAAUGGGGGGAGGGGGGGAGGUGUUCAUUAACUAAUAAAUCUCUUGAAACACACUACACACAAUGAACACAGUAUCCAGUGUGCAACAAUUAUUAGUGAACAGCCAUACUCAACACUGUUCAAUCAACAUCAUCUAUCUAAAGCACUGAGUACCGUACUGUUCCAUCAACUUCAUCAAGUUAUAGCACUGAGUACCGUACUUUUCAAUCAACAUCAUCUAGCUAUAGCAAUGAGCACCAUAUUGUUCUAUCAACAUCAUCUAGUUAUAACACUGAGCACCAUAUAGUUCUAUCAACAUCAUCUAGUUACAGCACUGAGCACUAUAUUGUUCUAUUAACAUCAUAUAAUUAUAGCAUUGAGUAUAAUACUUUACUGUUCUAUCUCUACCACCUAACUCUACCAACAAUUAUUAGUGAAGAGCCAUACUCAACACUGUUCCAUCAACAUCAUCUAUCUAAAGCACUGAGUACCGUUCUGUUCCAUCAACUUCAUCAAGCUAUAGCACUGAGUACCGUACUUUUCUAUCAACAUCAUCUAGCUAUAGCACUGAGCACCAUAUUGUUCUAUUAACAUCAUCUAGCUAUAGCACUGAGCACCAUAUUGUUCUAUUAACAUCAUCUAGCUAUAGCACUGAGCACCGUACUGAUCUAUGCCCAUCAUAUAAUUAUAGCAUUGAGUAUAAUACUUUAGUGUUCUAUCUCUACCACCUAACUAAUGCCCUUAAGAUUGCCUUAUCUCCACCACUCAAAUAAAGCCCUUGUGAUGGCUCUUUUGAUGGCUCUUUUGAUGGCUCUUUUGAUGGCUCUUUUGAUGGCUCUUUUGAUGGCUCUUUUGAUUGCUCUUUUGAUGGCUCUUUUGGUGGCUCUUUUGAUUGCUCUUUUGAUGGCUCUUUUGUUGGCUCUUUUGGUUGCUCUUUUGAUCUUUUGAUGGCUCUUUUGAUGGCUCUUUUGAUGGCUCUUUUGAUGGCUCUUUUGAUGGCUCUUUUGAUGGCUCUUUUGAUGGCUCUUUUGAUGGCUCUUUUGAUGGCUCUUUUGAUGGCUCUUUUGGUUGCUCUUUUGAUGGCUCUUUUGAUGGCUCUUUUGAUUGCUCUACCUCCACAGGCAUUCACCGCAGACAUCUCUGAGACCAAAGAUGGCGGCAAAGUCUACGUACUGACCAAUAAAGACUGGAAUAAAGACGAACAUGUUGGGGACAGACUUUGUCUUCAGUUCCAAGGUCAUGGUGAGUGCCAAACUGAAAUCUUCGCUCUAAAAUAGCUAAAACUUAGUGUAGAGGCACACAGGGUUGUACAGUACUUUUGAAUGAUGAACGUACCAGGUAUCUUUGACCAAUGUAUCUUUGACCAAUGUAUCUUUGACCAAUGUAUCUUUGACCAAUGUAUCUUUGAACAAUGUAUCUUUGACCAAUUUAUCUUUGCCCAAUGUAUCUUUGCCCAAUGUAUCUUUGCCUAAUUCAUUGGAAGCAUUCACUGUUUUAUCGCUUUCAGUGAUAUCCUAGAUGGUCACAUGAAAUAAUCAACUGGUUGUUGCAUUUCCCGUUUAACUCUAUAUCGUUUGGUUAAAAUACAAUUUUGUCGUGAUAACAUACUUACUUCUGUCAGGAGGAUUAAUUAGUUGGCAUUCAAAUAAUGUAGGACAGGCGAAAGUCUGUGGUCGUCUUGAAAAGAUUAAUCCUAUCGAAUGUUGUUUAUAUCUUCAGCCAAUGGAGAUAUUUCCCCUGUAGUAACGGCCACUUUGACCAGUGGCGGCGCCACCAUCGGAGGAGGAACAUGUAAGUAGAGCUGAGAGUGGGUUCCAUAACAUGCGACAUAAUUAAAUCCAUUAAAUGAUGUGACCACACAUCGACAUCACACAUCGACAUCACACAUCGACAUCACACAUCGACAUCACACAUCGACAUCACACAUCGACAUCACAAAUCGACAUCACACAUCGACAUCACACACCCACACUUUUAGGAGUUUACACUGAUGUGUGUGGGUGAGUGUGUGGGUUCGUGUGAGUGUGUUUGGGUGUGGAUUUGGGUGAGUGUGUGUGGAUGUGUGCUUAGUAGACUUGCGUUAACAGAUCGCAGACCCCCCCUCUCUUUUUUUCAAGAUAAAUAUUAUUUUUCUUAUUCGAGACACCAUAGUUGGGAGUGGACACCAUAGUUUUGAGUGGACACCAUAGUUGGGAGUGGACACCAUAGUUGGUUGUGGACACCAUAGUUGGGAGUGGACACCAUAGUUGGUUGUGGACACCAUAGUUGGGAGGGGACACCAUAGUUGGGAGUGGACACCAUAGUUUUGAGUUGAUACUAUAUUUUGGAGCUGAAACCAUAAUUUGGUGGUUCCAAUAUAGUUUGGAUUUGAUACCGGGGUUGGGAGUUGAUAGAAAGUGUCAGGUCAAGUUAUAAUAAUGGGCGCGUUUAGAUUUUCGUGGAACAGAGUAGCUUGCCCUUGGGAAUACCCCCAGUUCUCUUCUGCAAGGAUUCGCUCCGGUUGAUAAGUUGACCUGUGUAAGAUCACAUGACCAGUGUUAUUCACAAUCUCAUUCCCGGGUUAGGAACAUCAAAGCCACCAUAAAAAAAUGAGAAAAGUGGGGGGGGGGGGGGUGGAUAUGACCUGCAAAAAAAAAAAGGGACGAGGGGGGGGGGGGGGGGGGGUUGAUAUGACCUGCCAAACAUCAUGUGAAAACAGUAUAAAUGAUUACGUCUAAGGUGAUUGGGGAAUUGACUUAAUUUAAACAAAAUAUACACAAUGAGUCAUAUGUCAUAACGGUUUCUUGGGACCGCGUGAUGCAAUGCAUUGUCUUAUCAAAUCAUCCGUUUCCCCCACCUGAUAUCUUUACUCAAAUCAUUGUGAAAUCAACUUCAAACUCAGUGUGUACGUAAUGAAUAAAACCAGAGAACGAGCCGAGAGUGAGUCUCCUGUGUUGAACAACAUUUAUUUUCUUAAGCGAUCUUAACUCAUAAAUAAAUACAACGUAAAAUGUUUUUGAGAAAAAAAAUAUAUUUUUAACAAGUCAUUAGAGAGAACCUCCUUAAACGGACUUCAAACAAGUUUCAACAUGAAGACAUGAACAUUUACCUUAUAAAUCAUACAUUUUUGUAGGAUUUUUUUAAGUUCAAAUAAAAUUCUUCAAUUUAACAUUUCUAGCAAAUGUGCAUAUUUUAAUGUAUCUGAGCUGUUGUGCUGAACAAACUUCAAAUCUCUCCUGUUAUAUCUUAGCUGCCCCUGGUCAGACUACCUCCCAUGGGGUUGCCCACACGACUGCAACACCAACUACCUUCAAACCAGGUAGGUGCUUCAUAGAAUCCUUAGAUCUCAACUGGUUCCCAUCAGUUUUGAGAGUCAUAGUUGUCUAUUGACAUUCUGCAUUUCUAAAUGAUAAAAUAUAUUCAUUUCCGUCACUCUGACGGGUCACAUGUCAUAAUGUUUGUAAAAUGAAUUGAAUAACAUCAAGCCAUGAUGACGUAUUUCACAUCAUAUUUGGACCUUAAAGACAUCUCCAUGUUAAGUUUGUCAACAUAUCAGAACUGUGUCUGUGUGCAGUAGAGCCGUGCGAUUCAUUGGUUUGAAAUGUCCAUGUUGUUGUUGCAGUUCCCAUUCCAUUGGGAAGUGGAAUUGGCGCCGACCUUACGGUCAACAUCAACAAUCCGGACAACUUCCAGGGCUACUUCGACUUCAACAUCCCAGAAGAUUUCUUUGGUUGGGUCAUCAACGUGACCUUCAACAAACCGGUCAAACAGAUGAUGAAUGUAAGUGUUUCACUAUAAACGGAUGAAUGUGUUUCACGAUAAACAGAUGAAUGUAAGUGUUCCACGAUAAACAGAUGAAUUUAAGUGUUUCAGGACAUACUAUUUCACAUGAUCACUCCUAGUAAACACAAACAAACAAUUAACUUUAAAGUUUAACUAUUUACUACAAUGAAAGUAGCUGAAAUUUGUGGGGUAUAACAAUGAGAUCGAUGGAAUAGAGGCAUGAGAUGUCAUAGAGGCAUGAGAUGUCAUAGAGGCAUGAUAUGUCAUAGAGGCAUGAGAUGUCAUAGAGGCAUGAGAUGUCAUAGAGGCAUGAGAUGUCAUAGAGGCAUGAGAUGUCAGACAAGUUUUACCAAGCCUGACUUUGAAUGUCUAACUUUGAAUGUCUGACUUUGAAAGUCUGACUUUGAAUGCCUGACUUUGAAUGUCUGACUUUGAAAGUCUGACUUUGAAUGCCUGACUUUGAAUGUCUGACUUUGAAUGUCUGACUUUGAAUGCCUGACUUUGAAUGUAUUACUUUACAUGCUUGACUUUGAAUGCCUGACUUUGAAUGUCUGACUUUGAAAGUCUGACUUUGAAUGCCUGACUUUGAAAGUCUGACUUUGAAUGCCUGACUUUGAAUGCCUGACUUUGAAUGUCUGACUUUGUAUGUCUGAAUUUGAAUGUCUGACUUUGAAUGUUUGACUUUGAAUGCCUGACUUUGAAUAAUUUACUUUACAUGCCUGACUUUGAAUGCCUGACUUUUUGAAUGUUUGCAUUAAAAUGCCUGACUUUAAAUGUCUGAAUUUCCUACCAAGAAGUAGCAAGUGACGCCGUUUGCAAAAUUAACCAACCCAUAAAAACAAAUGUGUCCACAUGAAUCUUUUGUAUGCAUUUUGAAAAUUAUUUUAUUUUAUAAUACUCCUCUAAUGACCCAACCACUUUUAAACCACAGAUUUAUUUUACAAACUAUUUCAGAAAAAAAGAAGAAAUUUAUGCUUCUACCGCACUUGCGAUACAUUUUUAUAAAAAGAACGUCAUUUAGCGAAGUUACUUGACUUGGAUUUUUUUUCCUCGAGAAAUUAGCGUCGUCAUAUUUCUUUAACGAAGCGGCUGUUCGCACCCGGGUACCAGAAGUGAGAGGUUGGGAUUUAAAAAAAAAAAAAGAUUUAAAAUAUUAGUGUUGGGUUUGUAAGACAAAAUUUGGUAUCAAAUGAAAGGUAAUUGAAUGGACUAUAUGCUUCAAAACUUACUUCUUAAGUUUAACUAAAAUAAACUACCACAAAUGACACCCGAAGAGCAUUUAGCCGCCAUUCACACCCGGGUACCAUUAGAACAAUGCUAUUCGUAUGUUACUUUGUUUUCCUCAUUUUAUAUUUCUACACAGACAUAUAUGAGCAUGUGCAACUUCCCACAUAAUAAUUGUUAAUCUUUUAAUCGAUGUCCAGUUUGAGGUGGGUGAUGUCCUGUCCCACUCCCCUGAUGGCCUCAACUGGGUCGUGGUCAACAGACCGGAACACGUCGCCUACCACGCCGGAAGUAAACUUCAUCUCAAGUAAGUUGUCAGGUCCAAACAUCUUAGGCAUCCGUCUGAGGCAGCCAUCCUAGGCAUCCGUCUUAGGCAGUCAACGUAGGCAGCGAUCUUAGGCAUCCAUCUUAGCCAGCCAUCUCAGGCAUCCAUCUUAGGCAGCCAUCUUAGGCAUCCAUCUUAGGCAGCCAUCUUAGGCAGCGAUCUUAGGCAUCCAUCUUAGGCAGCCAUCUAAGGUAGCGAUCUUAGGCAUCCAUCUUAGGCAGCCAUCUUAGGCAUCCAUCUUAGGCAGCCAUCUUAGGCAGGUAUCUAAGACAGCCUUCUUAGGCAACCAUCUUAAGCAACCAUCUUAGGCCACCACCUUGGGCAGCCAUCUUAAGGAACCAUUGUUCAUAAUGGGUAAUUGUAUGCCUCAAUCGUUCUUUCAAUAGAGCAGUGCAGACAUUUCUUUUCAACCCAUUUUGUACUGAACUGUAAGAAAUGCCUUAUCACUGUUCAGUUCCAUCACAGAUUAAAUGUUGUUAUUGAAGUAAGGGAACACGAUUCUUAAACUCAACAACAGACACACACACACAAAAAUGUAAAUAACACGUUACACUAAAUUCAUCUUAUCUUUAUGAUUUAUUUAUUUUUUUUUUGGUGGUUUUUUUUUGUUUGUUGGGAAGGACGACAUUACCAAGGUAUUAGAUGUCAAGGGCACGUGUCUAAGAUCGAAAUCUUGUCUAAUGAGGGGCAAAACUAAUCCAUAGAAAACUGAUAAGGCAAGCUGUCGGCCAAGGGGAGACUCAGGUCUUGGGGAACAAGGGGGAUCUUGUGACUAGUGAGAGGCAAAACUAAUGUUAAGAAAACCCACCACAUUAUAAGAAAACCCACCACAUGAUAAGAAAACCCACCACAUUAUAAGAAAACCCACCACAUUAUAAGAAAACCCACCAAUUAUAAGAAAACCCACCACAUUAUAAGAAAACCCACCACAUUAUAAGAAAACCCACCACAUUAUAAGAAAACCCACCACAUUAUAAGAAAACCCACCACAUUAUAAGAAAACCCACCACAUUAUAAGAAAACCCACCACAUUAUAUGAAAUCCCAUCACAUUAUAAGAAAACCCACCACAUUAUAAGAAAACCCACCACAUUAUAAAGAGAUUGUAACGGUUACGCACUUCAAUCUUUUAUAAAAGUUGGAUUAGGGGGAACAUAUGUCAAGGUGGGUCUAUAAGAGGAACACUUAUGGUGGGUCUAUAGGUGUGUGCAUUCUUGUCGAGUUGGGUUUAUAAGGGGGGCACUAGUGUCAAAGGGGUUCUUUUGGGGGCGCUUUCAUGUCAAGUUUGGUCUAUUAGGAGGCGUGCUCAAUCAAGUAAAAUAUGGUGUAACUGGAUAUAAUAAACGCCUCUUUAACUUAAUUUAUUCUAAACUCUAAACAAAAUUACACAUGACACACCUGUCUUAGACAUGAAACACCUGUCUUAGAAAUGACACACCUGUCUUAGACAUGACACACCUGUCUUAGACAUGACACACCUGUCUUAGAAAUGACACACCUGUCUUAGAAAUGACAUAACUUUCUUAGAAAUGACAUAACUGUCUUAGAAAUGAUACACCUGUCUUAGACAUGACAUACUGUCUUUGAAAUGACAUAACUGUCUUAGAAAUGACAUAACUGUUUUAGAAAUGACAUACCUGUCUUAGACAUGACAUAACUGUCUUAGAAAUGCCAUACUGUCUUGGAAUUGAUAUAACUGUCUUGGAGAUAACACACCUGUCUUAGAAAUGACACAACAGUCUUAGAAAUGACAUAACUGUCUUAGAUAAGACACAACUGUCCUACUCCUUCACUUUAUCAAGGUGUGUAAGACUUUGCUUUAAAUGAAAACACGAACUUUGAAGACGAUUUUGAUGAAUAUUUGAUCUAUUCUAUCUUGAUUAUAUUUGGCCAGAUUCUAUCUUGAUUAUAUUUGACAAUAUUCCAUCUUCAUUGUUCGUGACCAUGUUCUCUCUUAAUUAGAUUUGACGCACAGUAUGGCGGUGGUGGUAUUGCUGCAUCGGCUGUUCUCUAUAACAUGGGCAAAGACAACUUCACAGUCCCCACAGCUCAGAACUGUGAGUCCAGUUUGACCCUACUAUUACACUGCACACGUGGUUUCCACGUCCAGUCAUAGAACAGUUAGUGUAAGCUGAAACUUGAAACAAAAUACAUGAAAAAGUUUUUUUUUUUUUUCAUCGCCAAUGGAUUCCAUGUUUUAAACAAUUCAAUAACUUUACUUUCUAGCGGACGGUAGCAAGUACAACUACAACGACGUCCUCCAGAAGUCCAUUCUGUUCUACGAGGCCCAGAGGUCAGGCAAACUGCCGGCCAAUAAACGUAUUCCCUGGAGGGGGGACUCAGCUCUUGGGGACAAGGGAGAUGCUGGGGAGGACUUGACCGGUGGAUGGUAUGAUGGUAAGUUCUUACAUGUGGAUGGUAUGAUGUUAAGUUCUUACAUGUGGCUGGUAUGAUGGUAAGUUCUUACAUGUGGCUGGUAUGAUGGUAAGUUCUUACAUGUGGCUGGUAUGAUGGUAAGUUCUUACAUGUGGCUGGUAUGAUGGUAAGUUCUUACAUGUGGCUGGUAUGAUGGUAAGUUCUUACGUGCAGAUUGUAGGAUGGUAUGUAGUUUAUUACUGAAAAGACAGUAUAGUAACUUAAAUAAAAGAAAAAUUAUUUCAAAUUGAUUUUGGUUGGAAGGUAAACACCCUUAUAUUCCACAAACAAGAAACAACUAACUUGUAGGUAAACCAUUUAUUUGUUAGCCCUAAAUUCAUAUUCAAAUUAAUUUAAAAUCUUAAUUUCCUAUUAUUUAAACAAGGUUCUUACAUGUAUCAACGUAUCCACUUAUCAACAAUAUAAUUAUUAGCAACAUGCAUCCACUUACCACUUAUCAACAUGUAUCCACUUAUCGACAUGUAUCAAUUUAUCAACUUGUAUCCACAUGUAUCCACAUGCAUCCACUUAUCAACAUGUAUUACCUUAUCAAGGUGCAUCAUCUUAUCAACUUGUAUCCACUUAUAAACUUGUCUCCACAUGUUUCAACAUGUAUCCACUCAUCAUCACGUAUCCACUUAUCAACAUGUAUCCACCUAUCAUUAUGUAUCCACAUGUGUCAACAUGUAUCCACUUAUCAACACGUAUCCACUAAUCCAUGUGUAUCCGUCCAGCUGGCGAUCACGUCAAAUUCAACUUCCCCAUGGCCUACUCGUCUGCCAUCCUGGCCUGGGGCUACCUCCUCUGGUCUGACGCCUACAAAGCCGCCGGACAAGAAGAUUACUUACUGGACUCCAUCAAAUGGCCACUGGACUACCUCCUCAAGUGUCACACUAAGCCCAACGAACUCUACGUGCAGGUCAGGCUUCAUUUCAUUGGUUGACUCACUUGAUAUACAUUUUACCAAGCAUUUCAUUGGUUGAUAAUUAGAUAGACAUUUUAUCACACAUUUCAUUGGUGGAUUCACGUGACAGACAUUUUGCCAUACAUUUAAACUGGUCAUUGGAGAGUCAACACUGUAAAAAUGGGUUUACAAAAAAUAAUAUAAAAUUACUUUUGAAAUGCUAAUAUAAGACUAUAAGAACUACUAAAACAUGGUAAUAUAAGAAGUACUACUUCCAGGUUGGUAAUGGUGGUACUGAUCAUGGUUACUGGGGAAUGCCCGAACUCAUGACCAUGGCACGUCCAGCCUACAAGAUAACAGAAAAUAAACCUGGUAGCGAUGUUGCCAUGGACACAGCAGCAGCAUUCGCUACUGGCUACCUUGCUUUCAAGGAAAAAAGUGAGCAUUUUUUUUUUCUUUUCAACAUUUUCACAAAAGAAGUUUUAUUAAAAGGGGUCAAGUGAUUUGAUUGAUGCAGAACUUAUUUGUUCUAACUUAUGUGUCCUAACGUAUUUGUUCUAACUUAUUUGUCCUAACAUAUUUGUCCUAACGUAUUUGUUCUAACUUAUUUUUCUAACUUAUUUGUCCUAUCUUAUUAGUUUUAACUUAUUUUGUUGUAACUUAUUGUUACCCUCUUCAGAUCCCACCUACGCGGCUACACUUCUGGAUCACGCCAAACAACUGUGGGAGUUCGCCACGAAGUUUAAGGGCAAGUACAGUGACUCUGUCAGUGCCGCCGCUGGAUUUUACUCGUAAGUCAUGUGACCCGAGUUUUUAAUACAACCAUGUCAACAAUGGUUGACAAGUUUAUUCGCGUUUUCAGCGAGAUUUUUGUGACUCCGAAAUAACCUUUAUAUUUUUUUAUUUAUUUUAUCAUUUAUAAUCUGACUCACCUAUAAAAAUAUAUUUUUUUUACAAAAAAUUAUUAAAAACAAUAAAUUGGACAAAGGCGUAGUAAUAUAAAGUACAUUGAAAUUAUAUUUGAUUAAAAAAAUUUAAAAAGGCAUUUCCUUGAAUGCAGUUCGAGUUAUCUAAGCCUAAGUCAUCUAAGAACUAUGUUUCUGAGCAUGGCAAUAAAUAUGUAGAUACCUAGAGGUUGUCAGAAAUUGAAGUUAUGCGAACUAUUAGGGUAAAUAAUAAACUAUGGUGCUUGACUAACAUAGGUAACUCAUAGGAUUCAAAGUGCCAGUUAUGUUUGGUAAUUACUGUCCAAUUGUUAUCACACCCCCCUGGACUCGUUUCUCCCGUCAUGUUCAACAGAUCCAACAAUUUCACGGACGAGUUAUGCUGGGGAUCACUGUGGCUCUACCAGGCCACCAACGAUCAAAAGUACCUGGAUGAGGCUGAGAAGACGCUGGACGCCGACCCGGCCUGGGGGAUGUCCUGGGACGACAAGACCAUCGCCAACCAGGUGUGUACGCCACUGUCCACUCAUGUGUAGUAGUGGUACUUUUGGAACGGAAGCAUUCACAUACAUUCACAGACAUCCAGAUACAUCCACAAAUAUCUACAGACACCCACGGAUAUCUACAGACAUCCACAGAUAUCUUACAGACAUCCACGGAUAUCUACAGACAUCCACAGAUAUCUACAGACACCCACAGACAUUUGUAUGCAUUCAAGGACAUUCAUGACAUUUUUUAAUUAGAAAAGAAAUCUUUUAACGAAACUCACUUGAAAGUAAUGACCGAAUGUGACCAAUAUGUGACCAAUAUGUGAUCAAUAUGUGACCAAUAGAUGGCCAAUUGAACUCCUGUAGAAAUGAAAAGGAAGAUGUAGCUGUCUAAAGACAAUGGUAGGCUCUCGUUUUAUCGCACGCCAAUUGUUCGCGACCAUGAUAGCUGUAUUCCAACAAAGGAAACAUUCCGCGUUGCUGAGCAACUCAUGUCAACAUGGCUUGACGACGAGGUUUCCCGUUUUGAUAGCUGGAGUCAGCUUUACAAUUAAGUUGGAUGUGUUUUGGCAUUUUUACGCUAUCUUAUUUAGGCCAUCUUAUUUAGGCCAUCCUAUUUAGGCCAUCCUAUUUAGGCCAUCUUAUUUAGGCCAUCUUAUUUAGGCCAUCUUAUUAAGGACAUCUUAUUUAGGCUAUCUUAUUUAGAACAUAUUAUUAUAGAAAAAUCCUCGACUCAUCGAUCCUUCCGAGUAUUUAAAUUUCUAUGUAAUGUGAUUGGUAAUGUUAAAUUCAUCUCAAUUCUAUGUAAUGUAAUAGGUAAUUUUACAUUCAUCCCAGUUCUAUGACAUGUAAUCAGUAAUGUUACAGCCAUCUCAAUUCUAUGAUAUGGGGAAAUCUUCUCAAUUAUAUGAUAUACAAUCGAUUAUGUUACAUUCAUCUCCAUUCUGUGACAUGUUGAAACCUUCUGAAGUCAGUGUUGAAGAGUGUUGCCUCUGUCCUCAGGUGCUCCUGUACAAGCUGACCAAGAAGGACAGGUACAAGGCAGCAGUGGAAGGCUCCUAUAAAUAUUGGUUCCCUGGUGGUUCCAUUCCCUACACACCCAAAGGCCUGGCUUACAGACUACAGUGGGGAUCACUCAGAUAUUCAUGUACGUUGAUGGUGAACUCCGUAAUGAACUCCGCGUUGAACUCAGUAGUGAACUCAGUGGUGAACUAAGGGGUGAGCUCAGGGGUGAACUCGGCAGUAAACUCAUUGGUGAGCGCAGAGGUGAACUCAUUGGUGACUCAAAGGUGAACUCAGUGGUAAACUAACUAGUAAACUCAUUGGUGAACUCAGUAAGUGUUGAACUCAUCGGUGAACUAAGUAGGAAACUCAUUAGUGAACUCAGUUGUGAACUAAGUGGUGAGCUCAUUGGUGACUCCAAGGUUAAAUCCUUGGUGAACUCAGUGGUCAACUCAACGGUGAGCCCAGUAGUGAACUGAGUAGGGAAAUCAUUAGUGAACUCAGCAGUGAAAUUUCACUAAGAAAGGAAGCCAUUCUAGUUGUAUUUUUACAUGUUCUUCUAUUUGCUCAGAAAGAAAAAAAAAUCUUCGCUAAUUUCAGUCACAGUAAUAUCAUUUAAAGUGAUGUCAGUUUUAAUGAUGUCAGUCACAGUGAUGUCCGUCACAGUGAUGUCAUUGACAGUGAUGGCGAUCAGCAACCCUCACUUUUCUUUCCCUCCGCAGCCAACAUGGCGUUCGCGGCGUUGGCGGCAGCAGAGACGGGUCUCAACGAGGCGGAGUACAGGCGCUGGGCCAUGUGUCAGAUCCACUACGCUCUCGGCGACACUGGAUUUAGUUACGUCAUUGGAUUUGGUGACAAGUACCCACUGAGACCUCACCACAGAUCCGCGUAAGUCAUGUCAUGUUACGGUUGUAAGUUAAAACAAUAUGUUUUACAUAUUUGUGGAAUCAUAAUUUGGGUAUUGCUGUCGAGUGGGCAAAAAAAAAAAAAAAAUUUGCACAGGUACAAAAACUGACCACCUGUCAUUGGGUAUCCGAUUGCAACUUUACGGGGUAAGUAUGACAGUGACAGUAUAACUAUAAAUAAAGGCAUUGAAAUGCAGAGGCUAGUUGUUAGUUAAUGAUAAAUGUCCAUUUAGACUUAGUUGGGGGCAAGCGUGAAGUUAAUCACAGUAUCAGAGUGUAGACACCAAUGCGUUGCUCGGGUGUAGAAGAUAGAUAGUCAUGGAAAGGAAUCUCUAGAGAUGCCGAGACUGAUUCGGGGACUAAUAAAAGAGGGAAAUUAGUGGGCAGAGAUGAGAAUUGGACAUGAAAGCAGUAGGAUGACAGUUGAGAGAGAACUCAGUCGGGCUGCAGUAGAGGACAGUCGGGGGGAGAAAGCAGCCGAACAGCAGUAGCUGACAUUCAAGGAGAACUCAAUCGGACAGCAGAAGAUGAUAUUUGGGCAAAAAAUCGGUCAGCAGUAGAUGACAGUCGGGUAGAACUCAGCCGGACUGCAGUAGAUGACUGUCGAGGAGAUCGCAGUCGGAGAGCAGAGAGAGUAACGUCGAAGGACAGAAUAAUGGAGUUGAGUGAAAGACUGCAUAGGAGAAGGGACCAGCCGAGACGGUCAGUGCUUAGUACCAAAUCGAGUGCAAGUGAAUCACAGUAGCAGAUACACAUAGAUCAAAGGCUAUGACCACUGGCCAGUUGUCUGUUAAUUGUUUGUUGCAAAACGAGUGACAGGGGAAGCAAGUGGCAUCAUCCAAACAAACGUACUGUAGAGCAGAACUAAGAGCUGAAAGAUUAGCUACAAUUUGUACACUAUUUAAUUAAGUUAAAGAUGUUCAUUUGCUUAAGGUUUGUCAGAGUUUUUGUAAAAAUUGAACGUAAUCUGCGUGGUACUUAACAGAACCUAUCGCUUAAUGUUGCAUUACACCGAGUGGUCCUCAUUCCCUCAAUGUCUUUUACCCACAGCUCCUGCCCGAACCUACCUGCCAAGUGCGGUUCUCAAGUUAUGCCGCUGAAGGAGCCCAGCCCCCACAUCCUCUGGGGCGCCUUGGUUGGCGGGCCCGGUCAGAACGAUGACUACACUGACGACAGGUCGAACUACGUCAACAACGAGGUCGCCUGUGAUUACAACGCUGCCUUCCAGUCAGCCGUUGCUGGUAAAUAAAGACUUAUGUCUAGUUUAAGUUUUGAAUUCGUGAGUACAAUGGGUUCAUGUUCCAGACCGCCAAUGCUGGUGAAUAAGACUUAAGUCUAGUUAAAGCUUUGGAUUCUUAAAUACAAUGCUGGUGAAUAAGACUUAAGUCUAGUUAAAGCUUUGGAUUCUUAAAUACAAUGCGUUUGCGUUCAAGGAACCCCAAGACAAAGAAAUGUGUGUCAUUAUUACCACGCCAUGUGUAUGACAUGUGAUUUGUAUCCAAUGACAUGGCAGUGGAAGUCAUUCGUCCCAUUAAAACAUUGAACUGGUUAUGUUCAUGUGACAUUCGACCGGGUCUGUCAAUAUGACAUUCAACCGGGUCUGUCAAUGUGACAUUCAGCGGGGUCUGUUCAUAUGACAUUCAAUCAGGUCUGUUCAUAUGACAUUCAAUCAGGUCUGUUCAUAUGAAUUUCAACAUGGUCUGUUCAUAUGACAUUCAAUCAGGUCUGUUCAUAUGAAUUUCAACAUGGUCUGUUCAUAUGACAUUCAUCUGGGUCUGUUCAUAUGACUUCAAUCAGGUAUGUUCAUAUGAAAUUCAACUGGGUCUGUUCAUAUGCCAUUCAACUGGGUCUGUUCAUAUGACAUUCAACUGGGUCUUUUCAAAUUAAAGACGUAAUUUAAAGAAAAAAAGAAGCAUAUAUUUCAUUAACUAAUAUAAAGACCAACAAAAAAUAUCACCAACUAUCAAUGGUAACCUUGUGUAUUAUUCCUAGGUCUCAAGUCUCUUUUCACCAACUAUCAAUGGUAACCUUGUGUAUUAUUCCUAGGUCUCAAGUCUCUUUUCACCAACUAUCAAUGGUAACCUUGUGUAUUAUUCCUAGGUCUCAAGUCUCUCUACAUCAGAAAAAUUCACCCAGAGCAGAAGAACGACGCGGUCUGUCCUUUCAAAGCUGGCAGUGGUGGUGGGGGUGGUGUCGUGGGAUGAACUUUCAACUCUGAUGGACGUUGGAUGUACUCUCAACUCUGAUGAAGGUUGGAUGAACAUUCAACUCUGAGGGUGGUUUGAAUAACUUUCAAUGAGAAAUUCUUGUUUUUACAUGUACCUAUGGUUUACUUUUUCCAGUUUAUGGUUCUUUAAAAUAAACUGUUUACACAACC